CAAAAUUGAUUUUAGUACUUUGCAAAAAUGGUUGAAUCUAAAAAUUGUUUGUGCAACACAACACAUAUUUAAAAUGAGUGAAUGAUAAGUAUAAACUGGGUUGCCUACUACUACUAGACACAAAAAUAAUCUGAAGAUAACUACAGUUUGGCGCCAAAAUUUAUAACCAUUAACAUUUUCUGUGUUUAUACGGUUCGUAAUAUAAACAUUCAACGACAUUUGAUGAUCAAAUAGACACAGAAAAACAGCACUCAACAAUACAAAUUUAGUUAUAUAACUAUUUCCAGACAAAUCUUAUCUAAGUAUCUUCCAUUUGCUUGAGUAUUUUGUACUUAGUAGUCGGUGUCAAGGAAUUCUCGCAGAGUAAAAAAAUCUUUAACUCUAAUUCUGUGUGAUUUGUAUUUUAAAGUUCUUAACAACUUUCACAUAGACAACUAAGGAUGAAUCCAAAACUGAAUUUGAUGGUUGCAGUGUGUGAAAACAUGGGUAUUGGAGUAAAGAAUGACCUUCCUUGGCGACUCAAAACUGAAAUGGCAUACUUUACAAAGAUGACUUUAAGCACCAACGACGAAAAUAAAAAAAACAUUGUCAUAAUGGGUCGAAGAACAUGGGACAGUAUACCACCAAAAUUUAAACCACUCAGCAACAGGAUUAAUUUCGUUUUGUCUAGGUCCAAUUUAGAUUUAGAAAAAUAUGGAAAUACAUAUGGUUUUAAGAGCUUCGAGGAUUGUAUGUCAAAACUGCAAGAUGAAAAAUUUCAAAAUGAAUAUGAAACCAUUUGGGUUAUUGGAGGGAGUCAUAUAUAUAAGGAAGCCAUGAAUUCAAAAUACUAUUAUAGGCUGUACUUAACAAGAGUUUUGAAGCAUUUCGAGUGUGAUACAUUCUUCCCCAAUUUGGGAAACAAUUUGGAAGAAAUAAGUGUGCCAGAUGUGCCACAAGGAGUUCAAGAAGAAAAUGGAAUCCAAUUUACUUAUCAUGUUUAUCAAAAUAUAAACUAUAAGGAAUAGGAAUACAAUGUAUAUUUACACUUAUAAGCAAAAAUAAAAUCUAUUAUAUUUUAUUAUUAUACAUAA